AUGCACAUACACUUAUGCUCACGUUCGUACGAGUUCAUAAAAAAUGGGGAAUCUGUCUCCCGAUGCUGGUUUGCGAAGAAACAGAUGGACACUGUGCAUUUAAUGUUUUUGGAAUUUUUCAUUCUCCUGAACUUGGCAAAUUAUAUCCGUACAGUUGAGACGGUGCAGAUAAUAAAAAAGGCAUUUUUAAUAAAUAAUGUUUUGAAAAAAAGAGAUAAUAAAAAAAAUCGUACAAAUGUGUACUUAAUAAAUACCAAUAAUUCAUACUUAGGAUCUGAAUAUAUUUUCAACAAAAUAUGCAAUGAUAGUGUUAAACAUAAAGGAGACAAAGCUAGCGAAUUGCUACAUCGAGCGAACUAUAUUAGAGAUGUUAAUGGAUUAUAUAACAUAUUACCACUUGGACUUAAAGUUAUAGAGAAAAUAAUAAUUUUUUUGAAUACUCAUUUGAGAAAAAUAAAUUCACAUUGUCUUGUAUUGUCAAUCCUUCAAGCAAAAAAGUGGUGGAAUAUAUCCGAUAGGUCGAAAUUAUACAGUGAUGAAUUUUUAUAUGUAUAUAAACAAAAGCAACAAAAAAGUGAUUGCACAACUGAGGGUGGAGCGGGGAAAAAAAAAAUCGAAGAUGAUGGUCAUAUUUUAAGUCCCACAUGUGAAGAGCAUGCUAUAUCUUUAAUUAACCAAGUUUUUAAUGAAAAUAUAACUAUAAAAUCUUUACCGCUAUUAAUUCAUCAAUUCAAUUAUAAAUUCAGAAAUGAAAAGAGAUUGGAAAAAACGCUUUUCAAAAGUAAAGAAUUUUUAAUGAAAGAUGGAUACUCUUUUCAUGGUAAUGACAUGUCUCUAUAUGAGACUUACGAGUUAUACAAAGAAUGUUAUAAAAACAUUUUUUCUGAUUUAAAAUUACAAUUUAAAAUAACAAAAAAAAGAAAAAUGGACAAAAUGAAUGCACAAGAAAGUCAUGAAUUCCAAGUCUUAUGUAGAGAUGACAAAUAUAGAGAAGCUGCACAUAUUUUCAAGUUGGGGGAUUACUACUCUAAAAAAUUGGACAUCAAGUAUUUAAACAAACAGAAUCAAAAAAAUGAUAUUAUUAUGGGUUCCUAUGGAAUUGGAAUUUACAGAUUACUCUAUUUUUUGGUUGAUACUUUUUAUGAUCACGAUGGGAUACGUCUACCUCAACAGGUUGCUCCUUUCACAGUUUAUAUGAUUCAGAAAAAUCAAAAAAGUAAAUACUCCGCUUCCAAAAUUGCAAAAAUAAUGCGUACAGCUAGGAAGAAUGUACUAAAGGGAGAGAGAGACGAUCUUAUUACUCCCACAGAUGACUCAUCUGUCACAGCGCCUCAGAAAACUGACACAAAAUAUUCUCCUCUCCUAUCUAGUUAUAGAGAUGUUCCUCCCUCCCUUUGCAUAAAUGAUGACAACACAUUUUGCAAUUCCAUAAACAGUAAUGAUGUCGAAUAUGUCCUAACCCUUUGGUUAUACAAUACAUUUAAAAACAACAACGUGGAUACAUAUUACGAUGACACGGAUUUGCAUUUGUCGCGGAAAUUGAAAAAUUGCGAUUUGAUAGGAGUUCCAAAUAGAAUUAUCAUAAACUUAAAUAAUGAUCAAAGAAAAACAAAAUUACCCCCCGAUUUUUAUAUGCACUUGGAUACUUCGAACGCAAUUUUAUCCAACAAACUUUACAUGACAUUUCGCGAUAUCACCGUUGAGUACAAAAAUAGAUUUUCCUCAGAAACAAAAAUUAUGACCAUUCAUCAGCUGUUCAGGCAUUUCAAGCUUAUUUAG